AUGAUUCAAGAUAUGCGUGAGGGAGCAGGAGACAAAAAGUCGGAAACACUAAACGACAAGAAUGGGAGUAGGCUUAGCUUGACCUGUCCCUUUUACAAGGAGGACGAACGCAAGCAUCACAAGUGUCUCCAGUUUCAGUCAAGCGGAAUCAGGGACGUGAAGCAGCAUCCAAGCAGAAACACAUGCAACCGCGUUUUUGUCCAAGCUGUGACAGGGUCUUCGGAGCCCUGGAAGACCAAAGACGGCAUACAAGGCUACGCACCUACAACAUCGGACAGCUUCACCCCCCUGACAGAAUCACCCAAGAUCCACAGAAGGACCUCUUUGAAAGAGUACAUCGUAAGCUUAAGAAGAACUGGUGAUAUGCUGUCUGGUACAAUGCCUUCACCGGAAAGCCCCGUCCAGACACCUCAUGUCUGUAGCUUGUUCCACGAGGUGGCGGCAAGCUUUCUAAGGUUCUGUCAAGCAAGAAGGCGAUGCAUUCAUCUUAAUCGUUUGAGAAGUGACUCGGCACUGCGUUCAUGUUGGAGACCUGAUGAGGGCAGGAUUCGUGACCUGCAGGAAGUGUCCAUGAACGACGUCGUCAACCAGUUCAUCGAGGCUUCGGUACCCGUUUCCCGAGAACGAACAACAUCAGAUAACCUAUCGGGCAGCACUCCAGGACCUUUAAUCCGUAAGAUCGGUGUCGAUGACAGCUCUUUUGUUGCCAACAAACAAGGCUCGACAGGUGGUUUUGAUGGGAACGUUGGUUGGAUACUCAACACCGAUCCCAUUUGGGAUGAGGUUUCAGUUAUUGAUGAGUUAUUCCGAGGCGGAUCGUUAAGCUAG